CAGAUUACAAAAUUCAAGUGUUAAAAAGAGUAUUUUGUUUGGCUAAGAAAAACGAAUAGUGGGUCUCAUUGAUUCUCCGAAAAGAGAAAAAGGUAGGGGAAAAAAAAAUUGUGUUAUUUUCGUCUUGGUUUUUGAAGGAAGUUGGAAAGAAGAAGAAGAAGAGGAAGAAGAUUGAAUGGCUCAGACUGUUGGAAGAAACGUAGCAGCUCCAUUGCUGUUUCUAAACUUGAUUAUGUAUCUCAUUGUUGUGGGUUUUGCUAGUUGGUGUGUCAAUAGGUACAUCAAUGGCCAGACCAACCACCCUAGUUUUGGAGGAAAUGGAGCAACAAGCUUCUUCCUUACCUUCUCUAUGUUGGCUGGUGUGGUGGGAGUGGUAUCAAAGUUAGCUGGUGGAAGCCAUAUCAGAGCUUGGAGGAAUGACAGUUUAGCUGCAGCAGGUUCUUCUUCACUGAUAGCUUGGGCUCUAACUGCUUUAGCCUUUGGGUUUGCAUGCAAGGAAAUCAACAUAGGAGGACACAGAGGGUGGAGAUUGAGGGUGUUAGAAGCUUUCAUAAUAAUCUUAACAUUUACACAGCUUUUGUACCUUGUGUUGAUUCAUGCUGGUCUUUUCAGCAGCAAGUAUGGUCCAGGUUACCGUGACACGGAUUAUGGAAUGGGCGCAGCUGGUGUCGACCCUGCUCAUCAUAAAGGUGGUGCGGCAGUGGUUGGGUCCAGGGUUUGAUGGGCAUCAUAUAAGGGAGUUGUUUGGCUGCUGGGAAAAUCUUUAAUUCAUCGUUUAAUGUGAAAGUUUUACCCAUUUGUUGUUCCUUUGUUUUAUUAUUAUUUUUUUUCGUACUUUUUGUUGUAUGUUUUUAAUUUUGUGGUUUCUGUAAGAAGAUUUGACAGUCUUUGUUAUGCAUGUUUGCUGUGUGGAAAUUUUAAGUAGUUUCCAGCAUCAUGUACCGUAUAAUCCGUAAUGACUUUUGGUUUUUCUUUAAUGGUAACAUUUUCUUCUA